GUUAGGCACGGUUUUGUAUCUUGAUAUAGGAUCUUAUUCCUUUAAUGGAUGAUUCUAUACUUCAAGGUCUUCAAAAUCGUCUUUAUGAAAAAAGAAAAUCAGCUGCAUAUGAGGUUGAAAAGCUCACUCGCGAAUGUCUUAAUAAUAAUGAUACAACAAGAAUAAGACAAAUAAUUGAUAUUCUUUGUCAGGAUUUUAUUUAUGGACCUUCACGUGUUGUUAACUCUAUGUUUGGUGGACUUAUUGGUCUUGCCGCUGUUGUAAUAGCUAUUGGACAGGACGUAGCUGAAUAUUUAGAGGAUAUUGUCCCCCCUGUCUUGUCAUGUUUUUCGGACCAAGAAUAUAGAGUCAGAUAUUAUGCUUGUGAGAGUAUGUAUAAUAUUGCAAAAGUUGCAAAAGGAGAGAUAUUAUUAUAUUUUAAUGAAAUUUUUGAUGCUUUAUCCAAGCUGUCUUCUGAUACUGAGCCAUCUGUAAAAAAUGGUGCAGAACUUCUUGAUCGUCUUAUAAAAGAUAUAGUUUCUGAAAAGGCUACGAGUUAUAUUUCUGUUUUACAUUCAUGUAGUCCAAUCAAUUCUUUUAAGGCUUUAAACAUUGACUCAUCUGCUCCUCUUAUUGUUGAAGAAUCAAAGAAAUCCAUUGCAUUUUCGUUGGAAAAGUUUAUACCAAUGCUUUCUGAACGUAUAUAUGUAAUAAAUCCUUUUACCAGGAUGUUUUUAGUAUCAUGGAUUACAGUUCUUGAUUCGGUCCCUGAUUUAGAACUUAUUACAUAUUUGCCUAAAUUCCUUGAUGGAUUAAUCAAAUUUUUAAGCGAUUCUCAUCAGGAUGUUCGAAAUGUUACUGACAGAGUUUUAAUGGAUUUUUUAUCAGAAAUAAAAAGAAUUUCUAAUAUAAAAAAAGGCCUUGUACUUAAAAAAGUUAAAUCUGGUGCAUCUUUCCAAAGUUCAAUAAAUGGCGAUGAUAUUCAAAAUGAUUUAAUGUUUGUUGAAGAUGGAAAAUGGAUUCCUGGUCAAGAUGUGUUUAUUCAUUAUUCUAAAAUCAUCGAAAUAUUACUUCCUCAUAUUAGUUCUUCUGAAGAGUCAAUACAGUUGAUGGCGUUAAGAUGGAUUGCUGAAUUUUUUAAUAUUUGUCCUGUUGAUCUUUUAAAAUUUAUACCACGUCUUAUAUCACUUGUUCUUCCUGCAUUAUCUUUAGGGGGUGAAUCUUCACGUCAGGCAGCUUUAGAGAUUAAUCAAAAUCUUUGUAAUUUGGUAUCAGAAGCAUUGAAGAGUAAUAAGAUUACUAUGAGACUAGCCCAGUUUCAUUCAUCUAAGUCAUUUUCUAGUGAAACUGAUCUUUCUUUUCAUAAAGUUAUGAAAGAUGAUCAAAAAAAUGAUGUUUUUUCAUCUUUUAGGGAUAUUUUGGAUUAUUCAAGUACCGUAAAUGCACUUACGUUGCAAUUCUUAGAUGAACAUGAGCAAACGCGAGUUGCUGCAUUGAAUUGGCUUAUUAUGCUGCAUAAUUUGGCUCCUCAAAAGGUUCUUACUUUAGAUGAUGGUACGUUUCCUUCUCUUUUAAAAAUUCUUUCUGAUCCUAGUGAUGAGGUUAUUAUAAAAGAUUUACAGCUUCUUGCGCAAAUCUCGUCUGCUAAUAAAGAUGAUUAUUUUGAUGCAUUUAUGGUUAAUUUAUUAUCGCUUUUUAGUACUGAUCGUAGGUUACUUGAAACUCGUGGGAGCUUAAUUGUUCGUCAGUUAUGUAUUUAUCUUAAAUCGGAAAGAAUAUAUUGUACAUUAGCAGAAAAUUUAGAAAAAGAUGAGGAUUUGGAAUUUGCAAGUAUUAUGGUGCAAAAUCUGAACAAUAAUCUUAUGACUUCACCAGAGUUAUCUGACUUUCGAAAAAGACUUAAAAAUUUGGAAUUUAAGGAUGGUCAAUCUUUAUUUGUAAGUUUAUAUCGUUGUUGGUGUCAUAAUGCUGUUGCUACAUUUUCUCUUUGUCUUUUAGCUCAAGCAUAUGAGCAAGCGGCUAAUUUGCUUCAAAUAUUUGCAGAGUUAGAAAUGACCGUUAGCAUGCUUGUACAAAUUGAUACAUUGGUUCAACUUUUGGAAUCUCCUGUUUUUACAUAUCUUCGGCUUCAACUUUUAGAGCCAGACAAAUAUCCUUAUCUUUAUAAAUGUCUUUAUGGCUUACUUAUGUUGCUGCCUCAAUCUUCUGCGUUUUCUACGUUGAAAAAUCGUUUAAAUAGUGUAUCUUCUAUAGGACUUUUUCAGUUUUUUUCUAAACAGAACAAUUCUGAAAAACAUAAAUUAAAAAAUAAGGCAGAUGAAAUGAGAUGGCCAGAAUUAUUGGAAAAAUUUCGAAGUGUUCAAAAUAAACAUGAAAAGGCUAGACAACAGAAUAAAAUUUUGAUUUCUAAAACUUCUGGUAGUUUUUUAAAGAUGACACCUAUAUCCUAUCUUUCGUGAAAUG